AUAAACACCGAUCUCUAAAAUUCCGCCAUUUCUUUCACAGCUUCAUCCAAUUCAGCCUAUGCGCAUUAGACUUGCCCUUACUCGCUCAAUUUCCAGUUUCACGCCGAAGAUUAUGGCAGACGAAAUCAACGCAUCUGCGGCAACGGCAUCCACAACUUCAACAUCAUCAAGGAAGAAAAACUCCUUAUGGCCUUCUGUUCUUCGUUGGAUUCCAAGCUCCACCGAUCACAUAAUUGCUGCUGAAAAGCGCCUUCUCUCUCUUGUCAAGACUUCAUACACCCAAGAGAAGGUUAAUAUUGGCUCUGGCCCACCGGGGUCUAAAGUCAGGUGGUUUCGUUCUGCCAGCAAUGAAUCAAGAUUUAUCAACACAGUUACCUUCGACAGCAAAGAGGAUGCACCCACUCUUGUAAUGGUACAUGGAUAUGCAGCUGCUCAGGGAUUUUUCUUUCGAAAUUUUGAUGCUCUUACAAAACAUUUCAGGGUGAUUGCAAUUGAUCAACUUGGUUGGGGAGGAUCAAGCAGGCCUGACUUCACUUGCAAAAGUACUGAAGAAACCGAGGCUUGGUUCAUUGAUUCCCUUGAGGAAUGGCGCAAAGCAAAAAACCUUGAAAAGUUUGUUCUGCUUGGGCAUUCUUUUGGAGGAUAUGUUGCAGCUAAAUAUGCCUUGAAGCAUCCUGAGCAUGUACAACAUCUGAUUUUGGUGGGACCUGCUGGGUUUACCUCAGAAACCGAACAUAAAUCAGAGUGGCUUACCAAAUUCCGAGCAACAUGGAAAGGAGCUGUUAUGAACCAUUUAUGGGAGUCUAAUUUUACUCCUAUGAAGGUCCUCAGAGGAUUAGGUCCCUGGGGUCCAAAUUUGGUCCGAAGAUAUACAAGUGCAAGAUUUGGUGAAUAUUCAACAGGCGAUGUGUUGACGGAGGAAGAGUCCAGGUUACUUACAGAUUACAUAUACCACACUUUGGCGGCCAAGGGAAGUGGAGAGCUAUGCUUGAAGUAUAUUUUUUCAUUUGGGGCAUUUGCUCGAAGUCCUCUAUUACAAAGGGCUUCGGAAUGGAAAGUGCCAACGACCUUUAUAUAUGGGUUCCAAGAUUGGAUGGAUUACCAUGGAGCAGAAGGAGCACGGAAGGACAUGACUGUCCCAUGUGAAAUCAUAAGAGUCCCAAAGGCUGGUCAUUUUGUGUUUCUAGACAAUGCAAAUGGAUUUCACUCGGCAGUAUUACAUGCGUGCCGCAGGUUUCUUUCGCCGGAUCCUAAUGGUUAUCCUCUACCAGAAGGUGUUACGUCCAUCUAGUAGCAUUACUAUAUCGUUCGUCAAAAAUUGUUUUAUUCUCUUUAAAGAACAAAUAUAGGAAGAAGGAAAAAACUAGCGUAGAACAUUUACACUCCGUAGGUAUUUCAGUAAAAUUUAUUAUUUUUUAGUUCGAGCCU